GGUUUUUGUUGAGGAGAGCGCGGCCGGAGAGCAGAGCUCCGGGACCCAGAUCCCGAGGCAUCUGGAGGAGAAGGACCUGAAGCCCAUCUUCGAACAGUUUGGUCGGAUCUUUGAGCUGACUGUCAUCAAGGACAAGUACACCGGGCUGCACAAGGGUGAGGGGUCGGGCAGGCUGAAGAGGCUUCGGGGUGGGCUGGGAGGCUGGGGGAAGUUAAGCCAGGCUGGAGGGGUGGAGCGGCUGGGAAGGGCUGAUGUGGAAGGAGAAGAGUUCAGGCCUGAGGAAAGUGGAUGGAGGAGCUGAAAAAGAACUCAGCUAGAGUGAUCAGGAAACCCCGGUGAAGGACUAAGGAGGGCCUCUUUUGGCUGAAGAGUUGUCAAGACGGCUGCAAAGAUGUGGAUCCCAGACAUAUGGGAUGUGCCUUCCUGACAUACUGUGCCCGGGAUUCAGCCCUGAAGGCCCAGAGCGCCCUGCACGAACAGAAGACGCUUCCAGGGAUGAACAGGCCGAUCCAGGUCAAGCCAGCCGACAGCGAGAGCCGAGGAGAAGACCGGAAGCUCUUUGUGGGGAUGCUAGGGAAGCAGCAGACAGAUGAGGACGUCCGGAAGAUGUUUGAGCCCUUCGGGACCAUCGACGAGUGCACUGUGCUCCGGGGGCCAGAUGGCACCAGCAAAGGCUGCGCCUUCGUGAAGUUCCAGACCCACGCUGAGGCCCAGGCGGCCAUCAACACCCUUCACAGCAGCCGGACCCUGCCAGGUGCCUCGUCCAGCCUGGUGGUGAAGUUUGCUGACACCGAGAAGGAGCGAGGUCUCCGCCGCAUGCAGCAGGUGGCCACCCAGUUGGGCAUGUUCAGCCCCAUCGCCCUCCAGUUUGGAGCCUACAGCGCCUACACCCAGGCCCUGAUGCAGCAGCAGGCGGCCCUGGUAGCGGCUCACAGUGCCUACCUCAGCCCCAUGGCCACCAUGGCUGCCGUGCAGAUGCAGCACAUGGCUGCCAUCAAUGCCAAUGGCCUCAUCGCCACCCCCAUCACCCCAUCCUCAGGAACCAGCACCCCUCCUGCCAUCGCUGCCACGCCUGUCUCUGCCAUUCCGGCUGCCCUGGGCGUCAACGGCUACAGCCCGGUGCCCACCCAGCCCACUGGGCAGCCUGCCCCUGAUGCUCUGUAUCCCAACGGGGUUCACCCCUACCCAGCCCAGAGCCCCGCGGCCCCCGUGGACCCCCUGCAGCAGGCCUACGCAGGGAUGCAGCACUACACAGCAGCCUACCCAGCAGCCUACAGCCUGGUUGCACCUGCGUUCCCGCAGCCUCCAGCCCUGGUCGCCCAGCAGCCCCCACCACCGCCUCAACAGCAGCAGCAGCAGCAGCAGCAGCAACAGCAGCAGCAAAGAGAAGGCCCUGAUGGCUGCAACAUCUUCAUCUACCACCUGCCCCAGGAGUUCACUGACUCAGAGAUCCUCCAGAUGUUUGUCCCCUUUGGCCACGUCAUCUCAGCCAAAGUCUUUGUUGACCGGGCCACCAAUCAAAGCAAAUGUUUUGGCUUUGUGAGUUUCGACAAUCCGGCCAGUGCCCAGGCUGCCAUCCAGGCCAUGAAUGGCUUCCAGAUCGGCAUGAAGCGCCUCAAAGUCCAGCUAAAGCGGCCUAAGGAUGCCAACCGGCCCUACUGAGGGCCCCCAGGUCUGGAGAUCCCAGAGGAAGGGGCGCCUCACACCCUCUUCCCACGACUGGCCCCGGCCCUCUCCGCACACCUGCUCUGGGCCUUGACUGGGUUCUGGGGCAAACGCUGCUUCGUGGCCCCCGGG